AUGGAUUACAACACGAUUGUUUUUCGCGAGUUUACGCAUGAAUCCUUACGGCGUAUUGAUCGUUAUCGCCAAGAAGAAGCUGAACGUAUUGCUUCGGAACGAUUACAACGGCAAACGAUACGUGAAGAUGACAAUGACGAAUAUCUUUCUACAAAAAAGUCAUCCAAAUAUGUACCCCUCGGUCCGAAACGAAUGCCAAACAAAGAAUUGGCCGUUGGAGAAACAUUGCCUCUAUUCUUACAGCAUAGAUUUCCGCCUGAACUUAUAGGAAAACCGAUUGAAGAAAUCGACUAUUUUUAUCGUACAGAUUACGCAUUUGUGAUUAUUAAUAAAAAUAAAGCAAUAUUUCGAUUUAGUGCAACAAAAGCUUGUUAUAUAUUUUCUCCGUUUAAUUGUUGUCGACGUAUUGCGAUGGGCAUAUUAUCGCAUCCACUUUUUAGUACACUGGUUAUGCUUACGAUUUUAACUAAUUGCGUAUUUAUGACAAUGAGAAAUGCACCUGAAGUAAACGAAUAUGUUUUUACAUUUAUUUAUACACUCGAAGCAUUAACAAAAUGUGUUGCACGAGGAUUUAUUCUAGAAAAAUACACGUUCUUACGCGAUGCAUGGAACUGGCUAGAUUUUAUUGUAAUUACACUUGCAUAUAUAACAUUUUUUAUCAAUCUGGGAAAAGUUGCAGUACUAAGAACUUUUCGUGUAUUGAGAGCAUUGAAAACAGUGGCAGUUGUGCCUGGCUUAAAAACAAUCGUUGAUGCUUUAAUACAAUCUCUUAUUUGUCUACGCGAUGUGACUGUUUUAUCAAGUUUUAUUCUUUCUAUAUUUGCUUUGGUCGGCUUACAACUUUAUAUGGGUGUGCUUCGACAAAAAUGUGUGCCAACGUUUGAUUCAUUUUUAAAUAAUUCAAAUCUUUCCGGUAUUGGAUUUAAUCUGACAUAUGAAUCUUAUUUGAUAGAAAUCGAUAAUGAAAUGUAUUGGCAUAAAGAAAAUGAUAUAUUCGUUCUUUGUGGUAAUGCAAGUGGAAGUACAAAAUGUCCUCCGGGUUUUGUUUGUUGGAAAGAUCGAGGCAUAAAUCCUGAUUUUGGAUAUACAAGUUUCGAUAGUUAUGGUUGGGCUAUGCUCGCCUGUUUUCGAUUAAUGACACAAGACUACUGGGAAAAUCUUUAUCAAUUAGUAUUAUCCGCAGCGGGCCGUUUUCAUUUUCUAUAUUUUGUUGCUGUCAUAUUCUUUGGGUCAUUUUAUCUGGUUAACUUAAUCUUAGCUAUUGUUUCGAUGUCUUAUCAAGAUCAACAACAAAAAGUUCAAGCUGAAAACGAAGAACGUGAAAGGCGUAAACUUGAAUGCGAACUUGAAGAACAAAAUAUAGACGCACGAAAAGCAACCGAAUUAAUGUCACUAUUGAAUGUUGACCCUGAACAAUAUAAUGAAAAUGCACUUUGUUUUGAAAACCCAAAUCGUAAAGUUUCAUAUUCAAGCGUUUCUUACGAAUACGAUCAAAAUCAAAGAAAAACUGAUCCAAAAACUAAACGCGUAUAUCAAGCAUCAUCAUCAAUGUUCCAUUUUGAUAAUGAAAGUUUAGUUUUUUCAAAUCCAACAACAAGCGACAUUCGAACAAUACCAUUUUUUGACGAAGCACAAAAUUCAACAAAUGAAGACAAAAAGAGUCAAAAAACAAGAGCCUAUUCCUAUUUAUCCGAACGGCAUCAACGUGAUAAUGAUUCAACUGUUACAGCUGCUGUAGCAUUUUUUGUAUUGGAUGCAUUUGUUGAUUUAUUUAUUACCAUAUGUAUUAUAUUAAAUACAUUAUUUAUGGCACUUGAUCAGCCAGGUCAAAGUGAAAAAAUGACUCGAAUUUUAACGACAGGCAAUUAUGUUUUCACAACUAUUUUUACAACUGAAGCAAUACUAAAAAUCAUUGCUAUGCGACCAGUUAAUUUUGUAAAAGAUGGAUGGAAUGUAUUUGAUUUAUUUAUUGUUACGCUGAGUCUUGUUGAAUUAGGACUUGCUAAUAUAAAAGGCUUGAGUGUUCUGCGUUCAUUUCGUUUAUUACGUGUAUUUAAAUUGGCUAAGUCUUGGCAAACAUUAAAUCGUCUCAUGUCAAUUAUUGGCAAAUCAAUAGGAGCUCUAGGAAAUUUAACAUUGGUUCUUGUAAUUAUUAUAUUUAUCUUUGCUGUUAUGGGCAUGCAGUUAUUUGGUCAAAAAUAUGCAGAUAAAUUUGGUAAAGAGAUGCCGAGGUGGAAUUUUUUUGACUUUUUUCAUGCAUUUAUGAUUGUUUUUCGUGUCCUAUGCGGUGAAUGGAUUGAGUCCAUGUGGGUGUGUCUUGAAUGUGCUGGAUGGCCAUGCAUUCCAUUUUUUCUAUUAACAUUUGUCAUCGGAAAUCUUGUCGUACUGAAUUUAUUUUUGGCUCUGCUACUUGCAUCAUUUGGUUCCAAUGUUUUAAGGGAAAAAGAAAAAGAAGAUGAUGAAAAUAAAAUAGGCGAAGCAAUCGAUCGUAUUCAACGAUUCUUUCGUUUUCUUGCUCGAUCAAUUCUUGGUUUAUUUCGUCGAAAAAAACGAAGAAAAAAGUCUUCGAUCGACAAUUAUGAUGUUGUUGCUUACAACAGAUCUCUUUCCACUACACAAGAACUGAUCGGUAAUAUGUCUUUUCCAGCUAUGUGUAGAAUAGGAAAUCCGAAUGCUGCAUUCAUCAUAACAAAUAGCUCAACAUUAUUACACGACGAUAUCGAAAUGCAACCGAUAAAUGUGAAUGCAAUACCAUUAAUAACUCCAACGACAUGGCAAGUUAUACAUACGCCACCCGAUUGUUGCCCGAAAAUGAUAUUAAAACAUUUUUCUUGUUGCGGAAAACUUAUCCCAGAGAAUUUUCAACGACGUUGGACAUAUCUACGUAGUCAAGCUCAUUGGCUUGUUGAACAUCGAUUUUUUGAAUGGCUUAUUAUUGGAAGUAUUUUAGCUAGUAGUUCAACUUUAGCUUUAGAAGAUAUAAAUACACGACAGCAACCAAUAUUUCAUAAGAUUUUAAUUGUAUUGGAUAAGGUUUUUACUGUUAUUUUUACGACAGAAUUAAUAUUAAAAUGGUUUGCCUAUGGAAUAAAAGUUUAUUUUACAAACGGUUGGAACUGGCUGGAUUUCUUUAUUGUACUUGUCAGUGUACUAGGAACGCUUCUUGAUUGGCUUGGCGUAGCUGAUGUGCCAGCAUUUAAAUCCAUGAGAACAUUAAGAGCUUUACGUCCAUUGAAAGCACUUUCAAGAUUUGAAGGAAUUCGAGUUGUUGUCAAUGCAUUACUCGGUGCCAUACCAGCAAUUUUUAAUGUUUUACUUGUUUGUCUGGUAUUUUGGUUGAUAUUUUCAAUUAUGGGUGUACAAUUAUUUGGUGGAAGAUUCUACAAAUGUGUUUAUUCGGGUACACAUGAUCGUGUUAAUCUUACAGAAAAUGUAACCAAUAAAUGGGAUUGUUUAAGUAAAAAUUUCACAUGGGAAAAUUCACGAGUGAAUUUCGACAAUGUACUUAGUGGCUAUUUGGCUUUAUUUCAAGUGGCAACUUUCAAAGGUUGGGUUGAAAUAAUGGCCGACGCAACUGAUGCCAAAGAAAUCGACAUUCAGCCAGAAUAUGAGACGAAUGUCUAUAUUCUUGCUUAUUUUGUUAUGUUUAUUAUAUUUGGUUCAUUUUUUACUCUAAAUUUAUUUAUCGGCGUUGUUAUUGAUAAUUUCAAUCAACAAAAGCGAAUAUUAAGAGGCGGCGGCUCAAUAGAAAUGUUCAUGACAGAUGAUCAAAAGAAAUAUUACAAUGCUAUGAAAAAAAUGGGUAAUAAAAAGCCGACUAAAGCAUUACCAAGGCCAAGAUUUGCUAUUGCACGAUUCUUUUUCGAUUUAACAACAAAUCAAAAAUUUGAUAUAUUUAUAAUGAUAUGUAUUUUUCUUAAUAUGCUUUGUAUGUGCCUUGAACAUCAUAAUCAAAGUGCAGCUUAUGAUCGUGUUCUUGGAUAUAUUAAUAAUUUUUUCGUUGCAAUAUUUACUGUUGAAUGUUUUAUGAAAUUAGUCGCAUUAAAUUUUAAAUAUUUUACUAUACCCUGGAAUGUAUUUGAUUUCAUAAUUGUCAUUGCUUCAAUUCUUGGACAAGCGUUGGGAGAGAUUAUGGCAAAAUUUUUUGUUAAUCCUACACUAUUACGUGUUGUUCGUGUUGCACGUGUAGGUCGAGUAUUACGUCUUGUGAAAGGAGCAAAAGGCAUUCGAACAUUACUUUUUGCCUUAGCUGUAUCAAUGCCUGCGUUAUUCAACAUUGGUUUACUUCUUUUUCUUGUCAUGUUUAUCUACUCAAUAUUUGGUAUGUCGUUUUUCGCCUAUGUUAGAAAAUCGGCUGGUGUCACAGAUUUAUUUAAUUUUGAAACGUUUCCAAAUUCAAUUAUUGUUCUCUUUCAAAUGUGUACAACUGCCGGUUGGUCUGGCGUUUUACAAGCAUUAACCAAUGAUCGACCACCGGAUUGUGAUCCCACGAUAAAAUCUCCAUCACAUCGAGGUGAUUGUGGUAAUGUAGCUAUUGCAAUACCAUUUCUUGUCAGUUAUUUAAUUAUCAGUUCUCUUGUUGUGGUUAAUAUGUAUAUUGCAGUCAUUUUAGAAAAUUUUUCUCAAGCUCAAGAAGAUGUUCAACAAGGUUUAACUGAUGAUGAUUAUGAUAUGUAUUAUGAAAAAUGGCAACGUUUAGAUCCAGCAGGUUCACAAUUUAUACGUUUUGAUCAAGUAUCAGAUUUUGUUGAUGCUCUCGAACCCCCGCUACGUGUUUCUAAGCCAAAUCUUUUAAUACUUGUUGCCAUGGAUUUACCAAUAUGUGAAAAUGAUCGUGUACAUUGUGUAGAUAUACUUGAUAGUCUUACAAAAUAUUUUCUUGGUACACUCGAUACACCGGUAGCAACUGAUAGUGAGUCACCCAUCGAUAUUAAAAAAGAUCGUCCAAAAGAUUACAAUCCAAUAACAUCCACAGUGAAACGUCAACGUGAAACUUAUUUAACUCGACUCGGCAUAGAUGGUUUUCGAUUGAAUGUUAAACGACGUCGUGAUCAACGAAUACGCCGAGAACUCGUAGCGGGAAGAGUUACAAUCGAUGAACUGAUCGAAUUCAUUGACUUAGAAACGCCAACAGCCGAAUCUGCCGGUAAACAAUAUCUACAUAAUUAA